CCAGUAAUGGGCUUUGGCCCUUUGUUUUGUGUCAAUAAAGAAAAGAGGCUACGUUUUUAGCAGGGUGACUUCAGUCAGAUUGAUAAUCCAUGGAGUAACCAUGGCAACCGUCUGUUGAGACAAGGGAGGCAGUCCAACCCGACUUCUCUGAAGCAGACUGAUUGCCAGUGUGAGGGAGCACACUGUCACAUUCCAUAAUGGAGUUCCCCCGGCACGCCCUGCAGCUCCUGUCAGGCCUGCGUUCUCAGCGUCAGCGUGGGUUCCUGUGCGACUGCACCGUCUUCGUGAGUUCCUCACGUUUCCUGGCCCACCGUGCUGUCCUGGCCUCCUGCUCUCCAUUCUUCCACAUGUUCUACUCUGAUCCCCCAGGGGGCACCGGGGCCAGCUCGGUCACGCUGGACGGGGACAUCGUGACGGCGGCGGCGUUCGGCCUGUUGUUAGACUUCAUGUAUGAGGGUGUGCUGCGGCUUGAGGCCCCUCCCCCAGCAGAGGACGUGCUGGCGGCGGCGAGCUUCCUCCACAUGAACGAGGUGGUCCGGGUGUGUAAGAGACGGCUACAGCACCGACCACCACCAGCUGAGGCAGACAGCACGCGCCCAGAGGAGAGUGGAGUGGCGGUGGUGGGUGCAAGUGGACCCGGAGUUGGCAUGGUGGCAACAGGAGCUGCCAAAGUGAUGGCGAUGUCAGUGUCUCAGUCUGCGUCAGUGGCGAUGCAGAGAAGCCAGUUGGGCUGUUAUACGAGGUCAGAGAGGAGGGUGGAGGUUCAUGCGCACGCCCCUCUGAGUCCUGACAUGGCCGACACCACCCAGCCGGGCAUGGACCACGCCCUCCUUCAUGUGGGUGAGCUGGUUACCCUUUCCUCCGGUCCCUCUCUCAAGCUGGGAGGUCAGAGAGAGGUUCAGGGGGGCUCGGCCCUUUGCAGCCCCUGCAGCUCCACAGAGUCAUACAAUCUCAGCAGCCACCAUCGCCAGCCCUCUUCAUCAGCAGGUGCAUCAUCAGUGGUACCUGUGACCCAGACUGAUGGUUCCAGCUCCAUGGUGGGGAUACUGACCCAGUCUGACCACAGCAGCUCCUCCAGCCCAGAACAGGACAGCCAUGACCCUGUCUCUAACAAGAGCACAGUAAUCACACCAGGCAUGCAAUGCCAGCAGCAUGGUCUCAGUAUCAACACACACCCUCAGAUUAGAAUACAGCCUCCACACUCACUCCUCACCUCACCUCCCAACCUGAACCUUGUAACCCAUCAGGGCCAAACCUCAGCCCUGUCAAGGCCUGACGGGCUGCAGCAUGGGGGGUCAGAGAGGGAGAGCAAGGAGGCUAGUGAACACUCUGACAUGGGGACUGUGGGAGUGGAGGAGGUGGAGCAGGAGGAAGGGGUGAAGGUAAAGGUGGAGGCCAUAGUGAUCUCAGAUGAGGAGUUUGAGGAGAUGGAAGGAGUGAUGAUAAGGAGAGGAAUGAAUGGGGGUAGAGAACGAGGGAUGAUGGAGGUAGAGGACAGGAAUGAGUUUAACGACGAUAAUAAAGACAGAGAUGAACUAAACAACCCCCACUUCAUCCCUCCUCACCCCCACCACGCCUCACUCCAGAUGACCCACUCCCACCCCUCUGAGCCUUUCUCCUUCUCCUUCUCCCCCUCCGGACCCAGCUCCACUUCUUCUGAUGCUCCCCCUUUCCCCUCCUCCCUCUUCCCCUCCGUGGGCCAACAUUCCGACCAGCCCGUCUACUUCCAGGAUUCCAUGGGGAAUUAUGUCGAGGACGUCCCCACGUGCAGUGUUUGUGGAAAGACGUUCUCGUGCGCGUACACCCUGAGGCGACACGCCAUCGUGCACACACGCGAGCGUCCCUACGAGUGCCGCUACUGUUACCGUAGCUACACGCAGUCAGGUGACCUAUACCGCCACAUUAGGAAGGCUCAUGACUCCAGCCUGCCAGCCAAACGUAGUAAAGGAGACACUGAGGAGGGCCAGCCUCCACACAGCUAACACACACAGCUAGCUGUAUACUUCCCUAUGCUACGGAGAAUGACACAUGACACAUUAUUUAUGCCUUCCCCCUUCCAACACCAGACAUCCUGGUCUUGCAUGUCCAUGGCAAUGAUCUGAGAUUACUUCCCAUGAUCUGGGAUACUUCCCAUGAUCUGGGGCACUUCCAAACGGUCUGGGAUAUGUCAGAUACGUGUUUCCCUCCACCAGGAUGGUCUUUUCCGACAUGCCCAUUCCCGGGACUGAGUGGGCCCGGUGCUCAGUCAACAAGCUGGUGCUGGCAUUCCUAAAGGACAGGGGCUGGUGGUAUUUUAGCUAUUUUAAAUGGGACUUUCAGGACUUUUGUCUUUUACAUAUUGUACCAGUUGUCUUACUAUGACCUCAGUGCCAAAAUACACUGUGUACUGUACUGUUAUAUAUUCCAGAUAAAUUGACAGUUGUCAAAGGGUACUGUUUUUUGUCAACACUAAUAGCGUAAUGGUCUGUGAUACUUUUACCUGUAAGUCUCCAUUGUUGCCAACUUUUACGAUUGGCUGAAUAUCACUACUACUUCAUUGCUGUGAAUAGAACACAUUUCUUCAGUCUAACAUACUUCCAUUGGAGUGCUGUUCAAUAAAUGACUUCCAACACGAUCUGUA